UGUCUCUCUGUGUCAAUACGUCCGAGCUGAUUCAGUCCUGAAGAGACGGGGGGGGGGGGGGUUAUAUCUGAAUAGCUGGAUGAGACCUGGAGGGAGUCUCUUCACAUUUGUCUCAGAUGUUGUUGGCGCUCACACAUCAUGUGUUCAGCCUCUUGAACGAUAUCUCAAAUCUGCCUCCAUGGAAUCUCUUCACACGUGUUGGUAACGUGAAGCCGCCCUGCUGGUGGAGUCCGGUUACUGCGGGCGGGGAAUCUGCCGACCAGGAGCCGGAGCUCGAUGAAUGAAUAACUGAUCACAUGUUUAUUCAUUUGAUUUCCUCGUUAGAGACGGAGUCGGGACAAACACUGGACCAGUCCACGGUGACGCCUUCAAACAAGUUCCCUGCUGCUAACAUGGAGGAGAGCAACAACAUGGCUGCUGCUGUGGCGGUGAUCAGAGACACGCCUCCAGCUGAGGGCCUAUCAGAGAACGACAGCGGCGUGGAGCUGACCAAUGAGAACAGCCCCCUGACCGCGGCCGAGCCGCCGUCGCCCUUCAGCCCCAAACAGAACGGAGACGCAGCCUCACCUCCAGAUGACAACCAGUGUUCGAGAGGAAACAGGAAAAGAACCAAGAAGAGCUCAGAGGAUGAGGAAGCUACCUGGGACUCCUACAGCGACGAAAAGGGCUCUGGACCGUCUCAGUUGGGUUUGAGACAGACACCUCGACCCAGAACCAUCUUCCAGGCCGGUCUGACGCCGCACUCACACAACAAGGCUCGCAGGCCGAACCGCAAACAGGAGCACGUCUUGUCCCUGUGUGCGCUCGGUUCUCGGGUGGUGGCGCUCGUGUCCGGUGAAGUCCCCGAGGCUCCUCGUCUGGACCUGAUGGAGCAGGACUCCAAGGACUCGGCUCAGAGCAGCAGCACCAUGUCCAGCUCCGAGGCCCAGCCCGAGUACAACGACAACAAGGGCUUUGGCAUCGGAGAGCUGGUGUGGGGGAAGAUCAAAGGCUUCUCCUGGUGGCCCGGCAUCGUGGUGACGUGGCGCGCCACCGGCAAGAGGCCGGCCGGCCCCGGCAUGAGGUGGCUGCAGUGGUUUGGAGACGGCAAGUUCUCAGAGGUCUCUGCAGACAAACUGGACUCCAUCAUCGCCUUCCCCAAGUUCUUCAGCCAGGCGUCCUACACCAAGCUGGCCUCGUACCGCCGGGCCGUGUUCCAGGCUCUGGAGAUGUCCAGUAUUCGGGCGGAGCAGACGUUUCCUCCCUGUGAGUCUGAGAAUCCAGAGGACCAGAUCAAACCCAUGCUGGACUGGGCCAACGGCGGCUUCCUGCCCAAAGGAGAGGAGGGACUCAAACCGACGCACGGCGCCAACAGCAACCCCCUGGACCACCAGGUCCUGGACGUGUCUCUGCCCGAGUACUUCCCCAGCGCCAAGCGGCCCCGAGUCAGCCUCUGUAAGAGCAAGGCCGCCCCCGAGGAGUCCUUCUGCAGAGAACAAAUGGUGAAUGAAGUCCUGAAGAAUAAUUGUAGUAUUGAAGAGUUCUGUCUCUCCUGUGGAAAGAGGAGAGCUGCAACCUUCCACCCACUGUUUGAAGGAGGCCUGUGCCAAACGUGCAAGGAUGUGUACCUGGAGAUGUCCUACAUGUACGAUGACGAUGGCUACCAGUCGUACUGCACCGUGUGCUGCGGAGGUCGAGAGGUUCUGCUCUGCGGCAACGCCAACUGCUGCAGGUGUUUCUGCGUGGACUGCCUGGACAUCCUGGUCAGUCCUGGAACAUCUAACAGCGCCCGCUACCUGGACCCGUGGAGAUGCUACAUGUGUCAGCCGCCGCCGCAGUACGGCAGCCUGAGGCGCCGGGACGACUGGAGCCUGAAGCUGCAGGAGUUCUUUGCCAACGACCACGGACAGGAGUUUGAGCAGCCAAAGAAUUACCCAGCAGUCCCUGCAGAGCAGAGACGACCAAUCAAAGUCCUCUCCCUGUUCGACGGCAUCGCCACUGGAUACCUGGUUCUGAGGGAUCUGGGUUUCAAGGUGGACCAGUACGUGGCGUCGGAGGUGUGCGAGGACUCCAUCUCAGUGGGCGUGGUCAGACAUGAAGGAAAGAUCCAGUACGUCCAUGAUGUGAGGAACAUCUCCAAGAAAGAUCUUCUAGAGUGGGGUCCGUUUGACCUGGUGAUCGGAGGAAGUCCCUGCAACGACCUGUCCAUCGUCAACCCUGCGAGGAAAGGUCUCUAUGAGGGAACAGGGAGGUUGUUCUUCGAGUUCUACCGGCUGCUGAGCGAAGCCAAGCCCAAGGAAGGAGAGGACCGGCCGUUCUUCUGGAUGUUUGAGAACGUGGUGGCCAUGGGCGUCAACGACAAGAGGGACAUCUCCCGAUUCCUGGAGUGUAACCCUGUGAUGAUUGAUGCCAUCGACGUGUCUGCUGCUCACCGUGCACGAUACUUCUGGGGAAACUUGCCAGGAAUGAACAGGCCGCUGUGUGCGUCGGGGAUGGACAAGCUGGAGCUGCAGGACUGUCUGGAUCACGGCCGAGUGGCAAAGUUUGGAAAAGUUCGAACCAUCACCACUCGUUCCAACUCCAUCAAACAGGGGAAAGACCAGCACUUCCCCGUCCUGAUGAACGGGAAGGAGGACAUCCUGUGGUGCACGGAGCUGGAGAGGAUCUUCGGUUUCCCUGUCCACUACACAGACGUGUCCAACAUGGGUCGCGGCGCCCGACAGAAGCUCCUGGGCCGGUCCUGGAGCGUCCCUGUCAUCAGGCACCUGUUUGCCCCGCUCAAAGAUUACUACGCCUGUGAAUAGACACCAGGAGACCGACACCACCUGUGACCACACGGUGUGAUGCUUCCACUAACAUCUCACUGAGUCAGGAGGUUCCUCAGAGUCCACAGCAGCCUUAAACACACACUAACACACAAACAGAAGAGGGGUGGGUCACCAUAUCCAGUGGGGGGGCUCAAAGGUCAAAGUGCAGCCGUCGUUAUCGUCUGGAUGGAGCGUCGCUUCUGGGGGGGGGGGGGUAAAAAAGGGAAAGAAGACGCUCACUCCUUCCAUUCGUUUAGAAAAUUAGAUUUCCUUAAAGGCAUCGUUUUUAAGAUGUCAACACUUCUUAGUUGUAGGAAAAUAGAAAACAAUUUAACACAACUUUUAAAGUGGCUCCAUAUCACAAGGUUUUAUCAACACUGAUGUUAAUCUGAAGAAACUUUUAAUCCGACCUGAACCAAAGUUAUUGGACGUCUCUGAACGUCUCCUGCUGUUUCACGAGUCUCAGCAUUAUUAACACUAUUUUAAAUAUGAUCCGGCAAUUUCACCAAAACUACAAAUCCCACAAGUCUUAGCCACAGAAAUACUGUGAAAGAGGAAAAACAACUUUUAUUAAAGGUUUUAUUGAGUGUUUUUGUGUAGAUAGUGUGAAACUUUGAGUUGUGUUAAUGUCACGGCGACGUCUCCCUGAGCGACACACAAAUACUUGAAACAAAGCCAACGCAAAAACAGAUGUGGGGGGGGUUUUGUCUUUUAUCAACCGUUUCAAACCGCUGGGAAACAGAGUGGUUCUGUUCCACUGUAGAUGUUUGAUUAUUGUUUUGAUGAAGCAGCUUCACUGUGAUGGCUGGAGGCCGGCGGCUCCUCACGAGCGAGUCCGGCACUUUAGUUCAAACCUUUUUCCAGAAAUUGAAAAAACUAUAUUUUUGUAAACUAGCACUGACGACUUUUUCUAAGUUUUUCUAGUUUCAAAAAGACUAAAGAUUUAAAGGACUGCCAUGAAAACCCCUCAGAAGAUACUUCACUAAGGUCCGUGUGGUGCACAAGCUUCUGUGUUGGGUCUGUUUACAUCAUGCCACGUAAUUAUCACCCUCAUCCAUUCCCAGAAGAAACCAUUUAGUUAUCGACUGAGGAUCCAGGAUCAGUUUGCGUUGCCUGGUCCAUGUUUCUCCGGCUGAAGGCCUCAGGGUGUUAACCAGGAACCGACUGUGACCUCACUCACUGAAACAUGGCGUCCACCUUUCACAUAUUGAGGUUGUUCUAAAAACUGGAAGAUUUGUUUCUAUUGUCACCAGAUUAAAGUAACGGUUAUUACCUCAGACACGACUGUGCAUCGUCCUGUAGUGUCUCUGUGCUGUGAAUAUGUUCUGCUCACAUGUGACCUGUAUGUAUAUAUAACUAUAUUUAGCUUGUUAUCACUGGAACUGUUUUUUACACAGUGCUCUGUUUACUGUAUCAAUAGAAAGUUUACAAGUUAUUUAGUUCUUUGCGAGUAGCUGUCUUUCUUAAAAAGUGAAAGUUACUGUUUACAUGCUUCGUUAACACUGAUGAACCCGUGGGAGGUUUAAUGAAACCAGGACACUAGUUCUGCUCUUUUAAGACUUUAUGUAUAUUAGGAAGAUACAGUUUAUAUUAACACCGUUCAAAGCUUGCUGGAAGUUUUUUAUUUUAUAACACGACAUAGAACAUUAAUCGAUCGCUGUUUACAUAGUUUGUUAUUUAGAUGUAAACCAUUUGCGUGUGUCAUAGUCUUCUGAGAACAGUUUCUACUUAUUUCUCUAAAGUUGUUUUGUGCUUUAUCUUUUAUCAGAUUCACAUCGGAGGAUUGUGUCUCUGUUUUCAGUUUUGUUAUUUUGCUUUUUAUGAAUCUGAAGUGCAAAAGCAUUUGAAAAGAUCAGAUUCUGUUAUUUUUAUACUUCUUUAAGGGAAACCCUGUUCUUUUUUUUAUAUUUGUGUAAUUCCUAUAGCCACAUGUAUAUAAUUCUACCCAAUAAAAAACAGCUUGCUGCUCAAAUCUUC